AUCAGUUUACAGCGUGUUUAAAACUAUUGUGCCAAAAUGUAGUGGAUAGUAGAUCUCACCAAAGCGAACGUUUUUCACUUAGCAACCCAUAGAAGCACGAUAAAUCCGUAACGCUCGUCGUCCGUUACCAUCAGCUGAAUACCCUGUAUAUGGCGUAUUUUCCGGCAGGAAAAUAUCACAAUUUUUGCAGAUUUUUUCACUACCACAUAUUAACCACACCACACCAUGUUCUCUCCAAGUCAGACGUUCUGCGUGGUGUCGAAACGGUUUCGCAAGAACUACAUCCACCGAUUCACGGCGACGAAGUCCUUCUUCUACUUCAGCCCGUUCAAUCCCAUCCGACGGGCAUGUAUAUACUUGUGCACCAACCAAUUCUUCGAUUACAUCGUCAUGGCCACCAUUUUGCUCAACUGCGUCUUCCUUGCCAUGGCUGAGACGAUCGAAGAAGCCGAAUAUAUUUUUUUAGCGGUAUAUAGCCUCGAAAUGGUAAUCAAGACGAUAGCGAAAGGGUUCAUCCUAAACAAGUACACGUACCUGCGCAACCCGUGGAACUGGCUGGACUUUGUCGUCAUCACCAGCGGUUACGCGACCAUAGGCAUGGACGUCGGCAACCUGGCCGGCCUUAGGACAUUUAGGGUACUCAGGGCACUCAAAACCAUCUCGAUUUUACCUGGUCUGAAAACUAUCAUCAACGCACUGCUGCACUCCUUCAAACAACUGGCGGAAGUAAUGACGUUGACCAUCUUUUGUCUUAUGGUGUUCGCUCUGUUCGCCUUACAAGUUUAUAAGGGCGAACUCAGGAACAAGUGUGUGCUGAAUAUGGAGGACCAUAACGCGUCAUAUGAAGUGUGGUUCAAAAAACGUCCAAAACCGUUACCAGGCUACGAGUAGGGGAGACUGGGGAGGCUUGAGG